CCUCCUCAUUACGAGCUGGGUCAGAGGCCUGCCCCAUGCGACAACGUUUGCCUGAAGUCGAUUUCGCCGCAAAUGUAAAGACGAUUAGUGGGGUGGCUUCCACUGUACUUGCGGGAAUAACGGAAUUAGUAGGAGUAAGAAGGAGAGUGGCUUCUAUCAUGUCACGAUACAUCUUGGUCGAUUGCCUUUUGUAUCUGGGAGGGGCCGCGGUCCGUACACCUCACUUCGAGUGAACAUGAUCUUCCCUACUCAUAACAAGAUUUUGAGCCUAGACGGCUGUUACGAAAUGGAAAACGAAC